GAGGCAAGAGUGGUAGAGUGGCUCGCCGGUGUUACCUGGUGUUACGUGCCACAGAAUCACUAGCCGGUCAGUCAGUGUGCUGUCUCCUUCCUGCCCUUGAACGCUCGGCUGGACGGUGUUCUUUGCGCUCGCCUACCUCUCGUAGUGUCAACUGACAGAUUAAGGAGUACAACAGAGCCACCAUGUCGAGUCCGUCGCUGAAGGAUCUGCCGAAAGUAGCCUUAGACCUGAAAAGCGAGCUGGAGGGCUUCAAUCACGGCUGCAUGAAGAAAGCCGCCACCGCUGAGAAGAAUGUUCUCCCUUCUGCCGAAGACGUGCGACAAGAACGACAGCAUUCGGAAUUGAUCCAUGGCCUGGAGUCGUUUAAGCCAGGUCAAUUGAAACACGCCGACACGAAAGAGAAGAUUAUUUUACCCAACGCCAAAGACGUAGCCGCGGAGAAAACUCAACAAACGCUGAUCGCCGGCAUUGAGAAGUUCGACCCGGCCAGUCUAAAACACACCAAGACCCAAGAAAAGAAUCCUCUACCUGACAAGGAUGUGAUCCAGCAAGAGAAGGGUAAGCAGCAGCUAAUCUCUGGAAUUGAAAAUUUCGAUCAGGCGAAACUGAAACACGCGGAAACGCUGGAGAAAAAUCCUUUGCCAACCAAAGAAGCGAUCGACGCCGAGAAAAUAGCUGCUUAAAAGGAAGCUUUUGUGAUUCAAAGAAAAAAAAAACAGAAAAGAAAGGGAGCAGCGACUCAUUUCUUCCAUUUUCUAUAUCACGACAUUUUAUAACAAUUACUCAUACAUUGCCGACAGGAAAAAAAAAAGGAAAAUGCGAAACACUGUGUUAAUGUAAUCUUAUGAUUAUACUUAUCCUACCGCCACGAGCGUUCCUUUCGGCGAGACACGUACAAGUCGAUUUUUUACACGGACCUAUUUGUAUUAACAACGGUUAGGCGGUGUGAGGGUUCGGGCCCAAACAUAACGAAAAAUACGAUAACGAAGUUUUGAUAAAGCGCAACCGGUUCGAUUCCUAACGUUACCAACGAUCUAAGCAUUUUUGGGCUUGUAUCAGCAUCCGUCUUUAUACACUAACUCGCCAAAGGAUGUACUUUUUAUACUAAGAAAAGCUCUGCACGCCAGACGAACGUUAUUUUCGAUAGCAACAAAAUUGGGUAGCAUUGCAUGCGUUACAGAUAUAUCGCAAUGGUACAGCGGUUGACCUUAUAUUUGUGUAAAAAUCAUAUUUUAUAUAAACGGGCUAUUGUACUUUUUUAAUAUUUCGUACACAUCGCAUUGUCAUUCCGAUAAAAAUUAUGACGAAUAAAAAAGUAAUUUGUAAAAAAAA